GAUCCCCGGGCAGGGAGGAGCGCGUGGUCGCAGGCAAGGGGAUGCGCCGGACCCGGGCAGCGCUCAUCCCUGGCAACUCCUCCUUUCCAAGCCUGGCUGCAUGGGACACCCAUCUCCAAGCUGCCCUCUGCAGGCGGGCGGCUGUGAAGGCCGAGUGAGGGACGCCACGGCGGACAGCUGCGCCUCCCUGCCCUCCGUUGCGGGCGGCACGGCGCUGUGAUCCAAGCUCCGGGGACCGGCGCUGAGAGAGGCAGAAAGAGCCGAAGCGGACCGUCUCACCCUCCCCCCGCCCCGCCCCCGGCAGACCAGUUGCGCCGACGAUCAGCUCGCGGCAAAGGCUACAGAAACGAGUCAGAGGUUGGAACUCGCCGUCUUCGUCGGGGACCGUCCUGGAACUCGCAAAGGACUUGGAGGAGGACAUCUAUUUGGAUUAGAAAAGAAUUGCUUUUACUGGCAUAACGAGGGGAAGGAACAGGCUUUGGGGGCAGGGGAUGGGGAUUCCCACGGUGACAGCAGGUGGCAUCAGUUUCCCAGCUGAAGUUUGAAAAGAACAAGGGGUUUUUUUAAAAGAAAGAGCGAAGGAAGGCGGACACCCACCCACCCCCGGACAGAGAAAGACACACGCCUUUUCCUGAGUAUCAGAAUUUCAUUGGGAUUUUCUUGAGCUUCCCCCACACACGCUCUGCCUCCUUUCCACUCCCCUCGGAUCAUUGGUGCACCUUUGAAAUGCAGGGAUUUCUGUUUCUCUCCUUUUGGAGGUCUUUUCUCCACUUCUCUGCAAGCUGAAAAAUUCCACCCUAGACUUAAAAAAAACCAACGCCCACGCCUUUCGCCUUGCAGUUGCCUGCCGUCAUGUCUUUCAACCACACCAUGAUCCCUUCUGCCAACAGCUCCUCCAAUGGGACUGAUGGGGCUGCUGGGAGCAGCAAACCCCUGACCAUCCCCACCGUCAUGUUCAUCUUUGGGGUGGUGGGCAACCUCAUCGCCAUCGUGGUGCUUUGCAAGUCCAGGAAGGAGCAGAAGGAGACCACCUUCUACACUCUGGUUUGUGGACUGGCUGUCACAGACCUCCUGGGCACUUGUCUGGUGAGCCCGGUCACCAUCGCCACAUACCUGAAGAACGAGUGGCCUGGUGGUGACGCCUUGUGUGAGUACAGCUCCUUCAUCCUCCUCUUCUUCGGGUUGUCUGGACUGAGCAUCAUCUGUGCCAUGUCUAUAGAGAGGUACCUGGCCAUCAACCAUGCCUACUUCUAUAACCAUUAUGUGGACAAGAAACUGGCAGGGCUGACCCUCUUUGCCAUCUACGUUUCCAAUGUUCUGUUCUGUGCCCUUCCCAGCAUGGGUCUGGGUAGCAGUCGACAGCAGUACCCUGGCACCUGGUGCUUCAUAGACUGGCGGACAAACAUUACCAUCUAUGCUGCCUACUCUUAUAUGUAUGCCGGCUUUAGUUCCUUCUUGAUCACGGUCACCGUGGUCUCCAACGUCUUGGUGUGCGUGGCCCUCAUCCGCAUGCAUCGCCAGUUCAUGCGGCGCACCUCCUUGGGGACGGAUGCCACCACCAGCCGCUUGUCAGACUUUCGGCGGCGCAGGAGUUUCCGGCGCAUGGCCGGAGCAGAGAUCCAGAUGGUCAUCUUGCUGAUUGCCACCUCCGUGGUCGUGUUGAUCUGCUCCAUUCCUCUUGUGGUGCGCGUCUUUGUAAACCAGCUUCACCGGCCGCAUCUCGUGGAGAAUAUUCAGCAGAACCCUGACCUGCAAGCCAUCCGCAUCGCCUCGGUGAACCCCAUCCUCGACCCAUGGGUGUACAUCCUGCUGCGCAAGACAGUGCUGAGCAAAGCCAUUGAGAAGGUCAAGUGCCUCUUCUGCCGCAUUGGAGGGGCCCAUCGGCAGCACUCGGGAAGCAAUUAUAACUGCACGGACGUCCGCAGGACGUCCGCCACCACAGCCAGCCAUUCGCCCUCCUUCAUCUCUCGAGAGCUGAGGGAGAUCAGCAGCACCUCACAGACUCUUCUCUAUCCCCUGGAGCCCAGUGAAGGCAACGCCGGCGGCAGCGUACUGUUGCCGGGAGCCAGCAGCAACCUGGCCCGUUCGGACACGACUUCUGUAAGGACACUGAGGAGCUCGAAUACCUCGGAGUCCUCCCAGGGGGCGGACUCGGAGAAAGUCUUCUUGGUGAACGAACUGAGGCCUAGCGGUGGGGUCAGCACCCCUCCAAAGGGCAACUCUCUUCAGGUCACCUUCUCCAGCGAGACACUGAACAUGUCAGAGAAGUGUAUCUAAGCCGUGGAAGGAAUUCAGACAAAGGCGAUCUGAAGACCUGGGAGGAAAGGGUACAGUGGGCUGACUUACUGCCAUCCUCUGCCAUCCAGUCGCUUGGCUUGUCAUGACCGAGAUGUGCCCAAAGGCCUUGUUUUCGCUUUCCCAGUCGAAUGGGAUCAAGACGCCAUUGAGAGGAAGGCGGGCUGGAAAUGGGCAUCGCAUGAGAGACCAUGGAAGACACAAGAUGGCCACUAGCGGGAGUGGAAUUAAGCAGCCUAGUUUCUUGGUGACUGCAUCUCUAUGCUCUAGGUGUGCCAUCAACUCUGUAAAGGGAAGAAGGCUGUAGCUGUGGCCUAACGUUCUGAGUUUUUUUUAAUGACAUGGGUGGCACGGCUCUUUUAGGCAACUAAAGACUGCCCAACAAGACCAGCUUUUGUUGCCAGGCCUACCAAUGUAAAAGAUGAAUGUAGCAAGGUCAGGAGCACCAGUGGCUGUUUUUUUCCUUGCCCUGUGAUAUAGGACUAUUUCCCAGAAGUCCAGAGGUGGAGAGGGUUGCCAUCCCCCCCGCCCCGCCAUCCAAAUAUGGCUGAAGCAUACUUACCCCUAUUCCUUUCCCCUCCCUUAUUAUUCAAUAAGGUUUAGAGCAAACUAAAGUCUAAGAUGGUUUCUGGUCGCCAUGGUAGAAUAACCUCUAUAAGUGGCCCAGGUACUAAGGAAUGGGAAAAUCUCUCCUGUGGUGUGGAAAAUGUGAAUUUCUCUGGCUCUGUGUGUGUGUGUAUUUUAAAAGCCCAUAUUCUUCUCUAUGAGAAGGUGAAUUAUUAAUACAAAGUAUAUAGAAAAGUAAUAUUGCCAGCUCUCUUCUCAUCCCAAUGCCUGCUGAUAUAAUUUCCCACUAAAUUCAUUUUUCAGACAUGCAGAGCUAAUUCUUAAGACAGGAAUGGAGGGAUUUGGAUUUCAGUGGGAAUACUGUAUGAUGCCACUGGGGGAAGUGAAGGAAAAGGUUUUAAGUUUUCUGAAUGCCCCUUGUAGUGUGUGUGUGUGUGUGUGUGUGUGUGUGUGUGUGUGUGUGUGUGUGUGUGUGUGUACAUCAAGAUGAAACAAAACAAAGUUGAUGCGCUGUGAAUGCCUUCUCUUCAGAAUGCAGUGGUAGUUGCUGAGGCUAACAUAUCAGCAUUUGGGGCAUCCAAACAACCUGAUCCUGUGCAUGCUUACUCAGUUGUAAGCCCCACGGUUUUCAUUGGGGCUUGCUCUCAGGAAAGUGUGCAUAGGCUUAACAGCCUUAAUGACUCCCGUGUGAGUCCUUGCACAGUUAUGCACUCCUUAGUGGCUGACACACUGCACAAGAUUAUGUGCAUGUUGUGAUGCAGCCUCCGUGCAGUUGCGCAAGUGCGCUCAUGCACAAGCGCAAACACAGUUGCAGGAUAUGGCCAUUAUUUCCAAUAAACACACUUCGUUAGCCGCCCCAUAACAAACCGUUUUCUGGGCAGCUCAUACCACGGCUGUACUGUCACGCAACUCCAUUUGCAUAAUUGUGGCCCUUGUUCAAGAGUGCUCCUGCGCAAUUGCACGAAUGUUACAUCACAACAUGUACUUAACUUGCAGGAUGUGUUUGGAAGAUCAAGGCACAAAUCAUGCAUCCCUGACCAACACCCACCCUGGAGCCUUAAUCCUCAAGAUGGUUGCUUGGAAGUAAUUCUCUCUGCGUUCUGUGGAACUUUUGUGCCAAGACAGAUCUGUAUAGGACCAAUCUGAGGAGGUUCUGCUGCAGGUCUAUCAGUAGGCUUGUAACCCAGCAUUGUGUAGAGGCACCAGUUGUUAUGAACCAGUGCUUCCAGGUGGGAGCAUGUACAUGCAGCCAUUGCAGAGUGCAGUUAUGGCAGCCCAGAAAAGGGCCACUGUGACUGCAUAAGUGUUGGAGCUGGGUGUAUCCUCCUGUUGGGGAGGUGCUGGCUCAUAUGACCGGGCCAUGGACCUGACAUCCAUCCUGUUAGAGGUGAUCAUGUGGGAGCAAUUGGCUGCACACACCAGCCUUCAGGACUCCUAACAGAAUGUUUCCUAAUGUCCACAAUUGUUUAAAUGCACUCUGCUGAUACAGGUUUCCUCAUGCCAGCUACUUACACUGAACACCACCUUUCUGUUGCCCUUAGAUGGCAAAAUAGUUACGGCUACCAUUUAUAUCAAGGACGGGAUCACAGUGCAAAAGACUCUCCAGCCCAGGGAAAGCAGCAGCCCAGCACUUUGAGCAGUACAAUUUCAGUACAUGCGGAUGGGCAGAGGCUGACAUGACACACAGCAGUAUGGAGCACUGCAUCAGGGCUGCUGUGGACAGUUAAGGCAACCCAGACACUGUAGAGAACGGACGUCUGCAUAGUGGGGGAGCCACCCUGUUCUCUACAGUGCAAGAGCUGCCUUACAGGUUCAGAGCAGCCGCAACACAGUGCGUGGCAGCAGCAUCCGUCUGCGUAUGCCAGAGUCUUUGUGCCUGAACUGAGAGGUGGCUGCUAUUUGGGAUCCAGGGGUCCAGAGUAACAGGAUGUGAUCUUGUCCAUUUGCAAUGGAGAUAUGUUCUUCGUAUGUAUUCCAAACAUACCGCUGAGAUGGGGCUGCAGCAUUUAAUCAAUUAAUUGGUUAGAUUAAUUGAUUGAAAACGUUUUGAUCAACUAAAAAGAUUCUCCCAAUUAAUUGGGCAGAUUUUUAAAUAUAUAUAUAUAUAUAUAUAUAU